UAUCCAUUUCCUUCAACGAUUAACUGUAAGCUUCAAUACAAGUCCAGCACUUAACCCACCCGGGUCUCGGUCUGUUGUCGAAUUUCUUCCUUAUAUGAUUCUUUUUCACUGAAGUGAACUUCAAUCUUUCAUCGGGAAUAUCGCAUGGCAUCUUAUCUCAGUCAUCUCAAUCCCUCCUCGGCCAUUGUGACGUCGUUUGCUGUAAGGAAUGAAAGCAUUCCUUCUCCCUUGUGGAAUUCUCCUGUUCGGUUAAGAACCCAAGUUAGAAACCGUUUUCAGCUGAAUUCUUCAAAUGGGAAUCCACUAGAUACUGUUUCACCUCGGGAUGUAGGGUUAGCCGGAAGUGCAUUGCCCAAAAAACACAUCAAGCCUCAAACAGGGGAAGAAUCAUUUCCAUUGUCUGUCUCAGAGUUAACAGAAUCCAACCUUAGCAUAACUGUUGUUGGAGCUUCUGGAGACCUUGCCAAAAAGAAGAUUUUUCCUGCACUUUUUGCCCUCUACUAUGAAGAUUGUCUACCUGAGAAUUUUAUUAUAUUUGGAUAUGCUCGAACUAAAAUGACCACUGAAGAGUUAAGGAACACAAUCAGCAAAACCUUAACAUGCAGAAUCGAUAAGAGGGAAAAUUGUGAAGAUAAAAUGGAUCAGUUCCUAAAAAGAUGCUUUUACCAUUCUGGUCAGUACAGCUCUGAGGAUCACUUUGCAGAACUGGACUGCAAGCUGAAGGAAAAAGAGGGUGGAAGGCUCUCGAACAGAUUGUUUUAUUUGUCAGUACCUCCAAACAUAUUUGUAGAUGUUGUGCGAUGUGCCAGCCAUAAAGCUUCAUCAGAAAAGGGCUGGACAAGGGUUAUUGUUGAAAAGCCAUUUGGUCGUGAUUUACAAUCAUCUGGUGAACUAACGCGAUGUUUGAAGCAGUACCUCAGUGAAGAACAAAUAUUUAGGAUUGAUCAUUACUUGGGUAAAGAGCUUGUGGAGAACCUGUCUGUGCUUCGCUUUUCAAAUCUUGUUUUUGAGCCUCUAUGGUCCAGGAAUUACAUUCGCAAUGUGCAACUCAUAUUUUCCGAAGAUUUUGGAACAGAGGGAAGAGGGGGCUAUUUUGAUGACUACGGAAUAAUAAGAGAUAUAAUGCAAAAUCAUCUUCUACAAAUAUUAGCACUAUUUGCAAUGGAAACACCUGUCAGCUUGGAUGCUGAGGACAUCAGAAAUGAAAAGGUGAAGGUUCUGAGAUCAAUGAGACCAUUGCAACUUGAAAAUGUUGUUGUUGGUCAAUACAAGGGCCACAGCAAGGGUGGCAGAUCAUAUCUUGGUUACACAGAUGACCCAACAGUUCCAAAUGGUAGUAUUACUCCAACAUUUGCAGCAGCAGCUCUUUUCAUCAACAAUGCUAGAUGGGACGGCGUUCCUUUCCUUAUGAAAGCUGGCAAGGCUCUCCAUACUAAGCGUGCAGAAAUCAGAGUACAGUUUCGACAUGUACCAGGUAACUUGUACAAGCGCAAUUUUGGAACAGACCUGGACAAGGCUACAAAUGAGCUUGUACUUCGCGUGCAGCCUGAUGAAGCUAUAUAUUUGAGGAUCAACAACAAAGUUCCUGGUCUGGGAAUGAGACUAGACAGAAGUGAUCUAAAUUUGCUUUUUCGAGCAAGGUAUCCAAGUGAAAUACCGGAUGCGUAUGAGAGAUUACUUUUGGAUGCAAUCGAAGGUGAGCGAAGAUUGUUCAUCAGAAGUGAUGAGCUUGAUGCAGCUUGGGCACUUUUCACCCCUUUGCUGAACGAACUUGAGAACAAGAAGAUUGCUCCUGAGCUCUAUCCCUACGGCAGUCGAGGACCCGUCGGGGCCCACUAUCUUGCUGCAAAGCACAAUGUAAGGUGGGGAGAUCUAGGUAACGAGGAUUAGUGCAUGUUUGGUAUUGGAAAAUGCUUUCUAGAAAGGAAAUAAGAAAUGCACCUAUUUCAUUUUCUAUCAAGAUAUAUUUCCCCUUUCCUUUCUAGAAAUAGGUGUGUUUCUUAUUUCCUUUUGAGAAAGCAUUUUUCCCCGUACCAAACAUGCACUAAGAUUUUGGAUCAAAACAAAAUUGGAAAAGGAAUAUACAUAACUAGAGAAAGGAGGAGGAAUCACUCAUUUAUGUCUGUUUUGGAUAUCAUCAUUUUCUCUCCAUCUUUCUCUAAAACACUUUAUAGAAUCCAUCUUUGAAGAUUGAUAGGUGGCAGAGGACUUUACUGUGAAUAUGCAUCUCAUUAUAGUUUAUUUUUGCAUGAUCUUUAGAUGACUUCUUUUCUGUCACCUCCUCUUUGUAUAAUAAGAUGUUCCAUGAUGUAAGAACACCAGAUUUUACCUCA